AUGGAGUCACUUGCACUCUCAGGGAGAAUGGCCCGAUGGCAGAUCCUAUUGACUGAGUAUGACAUUGUAUAUGUGAGCCAAAAGUCGAUAAAAGGAAGCGCAAUAGCUGACUUCUUGGCAAGUCGAACAACGGAGGAAUACGAACCUUUGAGAUUUGAGUUCCCAGAUGAAGAUUUGAUGUGCAUUUCAGAAAAAGAGGGCGAGUCAUCAAAAGGAAAGUCAUGGAAGAUGAGCUUUGAUGGUGCAUCAAAUGCAUUGGGGCAUGGGAUAGGAGCAGUCUUAGUGUCACCUGAAGGGGACUAUUACCCGCUUACUGCCAGAUUGAAUUUAUUCUGUACAAAUAAUAUAGCGGAAUAUGAGGCUUGCAUCAUGGCACUUCGUGCAGCUAUCAAGAGGAAAAUCAAAAUUUUAGAGGUACACGGGGACUCAGCAUUAGUCAUUUAUCAAAUUCGUGGAGAUUGGGAAGUGAGGGAUUCAAAAUUAGUCAAAUAUCGCGAUCUCGUUGCAGAAUUGGUCAAAGAAUUUAAAGAAGUGAUUUUUAACUACUUUCCACGAGAAGAGAACCAAUUGGCUGAUGCUCUGGCCACUUGGCUUCAAUGUUCAAAGCAAAUAGAGAAACUGAAAUAA